AGGAGCCGUUCCGAAAUCCUUCAAACACACUUUUACUUCGUCGCAGAUAGUUCUGGCUUCUUCAUUUUCUCUUUCGCUUCAUAUCUCAUACCGGUAGCCACUUAUACAGGCUUGAUUAACCAAAUAUGUCGUCCAAUAGGAAAACUUCACAAGAUCGCAGUAAUAGUUUAAUAGCAUCCGUUACGCAAAACCUACCCCUUACCACCGUGUUCAUUCCACCGACAGAAUGCAUAACGCCAUUUAUCACCAUUCCGGAUGCCGGGUGCGAUGACAUUACAUGUUUUGCUUUAUUUAUGCCCUCAUUAGAAAUAGACAGCUCCACAGGAGGCGCGCACUUACAAUGCUUGCCAAGCUUUGCAACAGACAGCGAUUUCAAUGAGAGCCCAAUCUUUACGUACUCUCCCGGACUGCUCUGCCCAUCAGGUAUGACCACGGCCUCAAGCCAAUCCGAUACUGCAGUUUGCUGUCCAAGCGGCUUGACAUGCACAGACAUAGGCACCAAUGACAAAAGCUACAAAUGCACGGCUACAUUGACAACGGGGAUCUUUGGCCAGGGCGGAUGGGGAGAAAACCCUGAUAUAGGAUACAUUUCCUCAACGACCGUUCUUUCACGCAAUUUUCAUCAGAUCAUCUUCGCACAGGCUACCCCAGUCAUUCUUGUGCGCCAAAACACAGACAACAAUGAUACCAGCAGCAUCAGCAGCGACCCAGCUAGCAGCCGUGAUUUGAUUAAUUCCUCCGCUGUGACUACGGGGUCGACUACAGCACAGCCGCGACCUACCAACACAUCCAUCCAUCAGUCAGGCUCAAAUACUGCAGCCAUCGUUGGCGGAGUUGUCGGUGCUGUUGCAAUCAUCUUGCUUAUUGCUUUAGCAUACUUCUUUCUAGCUCGAUAUCGCCGAAGGAAACACCAGAUACAUACUAUGCCAUCGAAUGACGCUAAUCUAGCGCAAGAAUAUCCAAGCGACGGAGCUGGGGGGUUCUGGGGUCUGAAGCCGGAGCUAGAUCCUACAGCGACGCGAUCAGAGCUGGAGGGCACGACUGUCGAUCACCAAGGCCCAGGGAUAUAUGUUGUGAAACCAGAACUCGAGGGCACAAUCGGGAGAAAUCGACUAUUAGGUGUGUUUGUGAAAGGAAAGGCCGAAUUGGAGGGCAACGGGACCAAAUAAACAUUUGGAUUAUUAUUCCGUUCUAAUACGCUUCGAAGGGUGUCGCUUAUCCUCCUUCUCCUCCUCGACGAUCACUUCAAUCCGUGGCUGCUUGUGGCUUUCCUCGUGUGACCCAUUUGCUCUUGUCUCUUCUAAAUAGGCUUCUCGAGUAUUGCUAAAGUGAGCCUUUCUAGGAUACUCCUUUUCGAUAUUUGUGGAAAUCGGUGUUUCUUCAUGUGAUGUCUGAAUGGGAAGAUGCGCAAACAGUGGCGUCGGCGUCGGAAAUGGGCUUGUUUCUGGUGACUUGUUUCUGGGUGCCGUCUUAGGUGCUAUCUGGCCAGUCUCUCCACCACCCUCGCUGUCGAUAGUAGCAUAAUUCUCCUCGGCACUGUCACUAAUUUCGUCACUGAUACCAUCUUCACUGGAACACACUUCAUGGAAGGCUUUCUCCCAGGCUUUCAUCUUGGCAGAAUAUUUCUCCCUUAUUUCGGGAGGAGUGUGUCUUGCAGGCCAUUCAUCAGCAGCUGAGCCGUAUUUACUCCGUCGAAGAUAUCCUUGGAUUUUAAGCUUUGAUAGAGAUCUAGUAAUUUCUGCAAUAAAUCUUUGAUGAUAAGCUACUUCGAGAACUGGGGUGUUCG